GGAAAACCUAGCUAGCGUUGGUAGCUUGUAGCCUUAGCUUUGAAGCCCUGAAGCAGCUGGCUAACUCCCAGUGCACACAGUAAAUGGCUCCAGAGCUCACUUAUUUGAGUUGUGAAACAUAAUCGGGUCCAAUGGUUUAUGAGACUGUGCAGCCAUGGGUGACAUGAAAACCCCAGAUUUUGAUGAUCUUCUGGCAGCCUUUGACAUCCCAGAUGCCACAGGAUUAGAUGCAAAAGAGCCCAUCCAGGGGAGCCAUGAGGAGGCGGAAAGUCAGCUGAAACACCCCGGGAUGUGCCUGGGGGACAGCCUGUUGAGCAGCCAAGCUGUUACAACAGCAGACAUCCCUGCAGUAAGUGUUAUUGUGAAAAACACAAGUCGGCAGGAGUCUUUGGAAAGUUUCGGUGAUAGACUUCACUCAGGGCCACCUUUGCAAAAUGGAUUCAGAGGACAAGAGACCUCUGUGGACUCUACAAAUACCACAGAUCCUAACUUCUCUGCAUCAUUUGUAUCUUCCUUGAACGGGGAGAGUUCCAGAGAGCUUCCCGGAGAGGCACCUAUACAACACAAGCCUGAUGGAGCGCCAGUGUUUUCCCGUUCCGUUUCACACUUCAGUCCUGUGUCCAGUCCAGAAUGUGAAGACACUCGGUGCGAUACAGAUGAAAUCCAACCAAUGCAAGGAAGACUCUGUUUCUCGGAAGCUUCGGGUUUUGUGGAACCUUCAGUCCCAGACAAUCAGAAGAAAAUGGACCUCAGUGUGUUUGAUGACUCCACCAAGGACUCCUUCGUGCCCAAUGAUGUUCAAAAAAGUAGGGCAGAAAGUACUCGGAGUGACGUCUCUGACAGUUACAAAAGUGAAAAAUCUGUUACAGUACACAGUGCUUUAACCCCUCCGGGUGAAAACCAGAGAUCUGUUGACACAAACUGUAAUUCAGGAACUACAGUGGAUGCUUCAACCUCUGUCUCACAUGCCAAAUCUCACACAUCUAAAUUUUCAUCUUGUCUCGAAGCACUGGUGGCUCUGAAUGCUAGGAAGGACCCCAGCGACCCAACGAGUGUCAGAGAGUCAUCAGCAGUUCAAAGUGAUUGCAUUAAACCGAGUCCCAAGGUGCCUCUCUCUCCACGAAGCCCAAGGAGCCCACUUGAAGUAGUGAAACGAAUGAUGAAGCCCCCCGAUAGCCCUGUGAGCAUCUACAGCGACAGCAGCGGCAAAGCCUCCCCUGCGGUGGCAUCAGGAUCGCCCCCUGUGAUACCAAGGGUCCGGAUUAAGACUAUUAAAACCACAUCUGGGCGCAUCAAACGCAUGGCCACGAGUGUGGUACCUGAUUCGGAAACAGAUGAAGUGCAUUCAGCUUAUGAAUCUUCGCCUUCGCAGAGCAUAAUUAGUGAGGAUUCCUAUUGGACCGUGUCUCCUCACCACUCUCAAACUGCCGAGACCAAUGUGGGGAAACAGGCUAAAGGAAACCCCAGCGGUGCGUCAGCACCCAAAGUUUUCCACAGGAAGUCAGAAGACAAGCCGAGAAGGACAGGUGGGAAACAGUCGUCGGCAGUAUUGAAUCGUACCGGUGCGGCCAAGCGAACUGUUUCAAAUCAGGUGAAGAAACCAAAGAGAGUGUCGGCCUCAGCGGGCCAAACUACGAGCACAAACUUCCUUCCAAAAGCCAUGCACCUAGCCAGUCUGAACCUGGUCCCUCACAGCGUGGCUGCUUCCGUCGCCGCACGCUCCACCUCCCAUCAGCACAGCCAGCCCACGCUCUCCUCCACGGUGUACAGCACCGUACCGCUGGUGCAUCAGGUGAAAACGGCCGCCGCCCAUCCCCACACGCCGGUCCAAAACACGGGAGCGGGAACCUUAAACAGACUAUUGCAUCAAACCAACCCCGUGCCUCCGUACGUGCCCAACUUGACCCCCCCGUCCGAGAGCAACAUCAGCCUCCCGCCACACGGAUACCGCUGCCUCGAGUGCGGAGACUCCUUCGCCGUGGAGAGGAGUCUCUCUUUUCAUUACAACAGGAGGAGCGUUCACAUCGAGGUGCGGUGCGCCCACUGCGCAAAGACCAUGGUGUUCUUCAACAAGUGCGCCCUGUGGGCUCACGCGCGGGAGCACAAGAACAACGGCAAAAUGAUGCAGUGCACACACCUGCGCAUGAACCCGAUAUCCGAAGGACAGAUGUUUGUUCCCAUGAGCGCUGACCCGGUGAACGCGGGCUCUUUCACCUCACUCCCACCGUUACCACUCCCGUCCUCUCACAGCGAAGCCGUCCUGCCUUUAUACCAGGAUGGAGUCCACCGCCACCCGCGUGGCUGCCCGGAGUGCAACCAGCAGUUGCCAGACCUUAAAGCAUUUGCAGGCCACUUCCAAAGACUGUCAGGAGAUGUUGAAAAACUGGUUUGUGAAAUGUGCUCCAUGCUGUUACCCAACAAGUGCAGCUUCAGAGCCCACCAGCGUCUCCAUGCCCAUAAGUCCCCUUACUGCUGUCCCGAGUGUGGCGCCUUGAGUCGCUCUGCAGACAUACAGAAGCACGUCAAGGAGAACUGCCUCCAUUACGCCCGCAAGGCCUGGUACAAAUGUCUACACUGUGAUACGGUUUUCAAGACAAUUCAGUCUCAAAAAAGUCACGCGGAGGAAAAACACUGCGAAGCCGUUCAUAAGUGCACCGGCUGCACGGCGAUCUUCAAGACCUUUGACGGCUGCGACGAGCACAUGAAGAAUCGCCACCCUGUUACAACAGUAACCUCGAAGUCGGUGUUGCAGUGUUCGUGCGGGAAGGUUUUUAAGAAAAAGCAGGCGCUGCAUGAUCACUUCAACCAAAGUAUCCAUAAGCGUCUGUCCUGUGUCUUCAAAUGCCCAGAAUGCAACUCGGUCUUUUCACAGAAGCUGCUGUUGAUGCAGCACUUCAAGACUGUCCACGCUGGGAUAAUAACUAUGGAGAUGGAGAAGAACCGCGAAGUGGACGCAGCUGAGCAGGACCAGGACUCACAUCCCGCUCAACAGCAGAAGAGUCACUCGCUUGCCAAGCGCACGGAGAGUCCCAGAAAGAAGCCCGAGCGGGAUAAAGGGCCUCACGUGAAACUCACCUGCUGGACUUGUGGCGAGUGUUUGCAGAAGUUCCCCGACCGGGACUCCUUCGUCGCCCACAUGAAGGCCAAUCACAGAAAGUCAGUCAAGAGGUUUUCGUGCCACUAUUGCGAGAAGGCCUUCAAAACUGCAACCAUCAUGAAAAGACACAUUCGCACCGAGCAUAGCGGGAACAAGAGGACCUACACUUGUUGGUAUUGCACGGAUAACAAAAAAACCUUCAGAAAGAGUGUAACGCUGAAGAACCACAUCAGUCUUAUGCAUGGAAUUAAAAAUCCUGAUCUGGGGCAAAUGCCAAAGUCAUCCAUCCAGGAGUGCAAAAAGGCUUUUGGGAAGGGGUUUAAAUCAGCAGGGCCCGCUGCGGGCCCGCAGACAGAGGGGCCGGAGCAUGCCGGCGGUCUCGGAGCUUCUCCUUCAAAGCGCCUCAAAACUCAGUUCCGCUGUUCAAAGUGUGGUUUUGUCACAGACGACGGCGCACAGUUCCAGCAGCACAUACCUCAGCAUAAAACCGACGAAAACACUCCCCAGUGCCUUCACUGUGGCCUGUGUUUCACGUCCGUGCUGUCUCUCAACAGACAUCUGUUCAUAGUGCACAAAGUCCGAGACCCCGCGGACUCGGAGGCAGGAAAAGAGCAGCGGCAGCAGCAGCAGGUGGAUGUCAGGGAGCAGGAGCAGGAUAAUCAGCCAGUCCGAUCAGCCGAGGGCGACGCCGUGAACGACGGGCUGGCGGCAAGAAGUGAAUCCGAGCCGUCGCAGGAAGAGCCGCAGAGCCCUCACUGCGCCAAGAACACAGACUGUAACUCAAAACUGAGGUGCUGACGCGCUUCAGAAACUGCUCCGUCAUCUUGUUCUAGAAGUGCAACUUAACAAAGGACACACAGUGUUUUCAUCCGGAGGCGGCGCAGACAGCCUGGGACGUUUCAUUCUGACAAUUCAAUUAAGGACUUCAAAGCAGUUGCAGUAUAUUGAUGCAGAUCCUAAAUAAAUAACAGUAUUUUCAUAAUAAAUUUAAUCUUGCAUGUUGGUCACAUAUUAACCUUGCCUUCCAAAUACACCUAUGCUACAACUGAAGUUUUUUUUUUUUCUUCUUUUUUUUAAGUUUUCAGCAAAUGUUCCGUCCACCCCAGCCGGAGACUCAGGAAUGUCUGUUUUCAGUUGCGUCGUCGUUUAAGUGAAUGGGGUCGGCUGUUCACCGUGGUAAUCAAGAGCAAGUUAAAUCUCCUAAAUUUAGCGUGAAGUAUUUAAUCCAAGCUACAACAUGCACAUACCCGGAUGUGUGUUCACAUUAAUUUUUCACGUCGUCAUUACUUUGCAUUACAAAUCUUGACUUUUCGCUCACCGUAUAUUGCAGAAAUUGGUGUAGUCUGAGCAUUUUAAAAGCAGUAUGUCUGUAUUCAUGCUAAACAGUUAGGAUCUCAAGUGAGAGCACAUGUUAUGAUGGAGUCGUCCCUCCAAUCAAAGCCUGGUAAAGUUGGGCUAUAAAUACAAGCUAAAGCUUAAUUUGACUAUUUAAAUACUCUUCUUUUUUUUUUAUUUGUUGUCUAAAUGUUUGUGAGUGCAUGUAUUGUUUCAGGUUGUUGGGUUUUUAUAGGUUUGGAGGAAAUGGAGGUAUUAUAUUUGUGCUUCAGCAGUAUUUAAAAUACCUCAGCUCGCCAGAAAUGUGUUUUCUUUCUUUCUUUCUAUUUACUGGCAAGCGAACAGUCAAUGUUAUGUCAAAUCAGGGUACAUAGUUUUGGAUAAUCUAGAGCAGUUUGUGCGAGACGUUGCUUUGCAAAUCGGAACCUGGCGUGACGGCGAUCCAAACGAGACGUUUGGCACGCAGACUCGGCAGGUUCUGCUUUGUGAAUCAGCUCCUCUUGUUUUGUAUCGACUAAAGUGACAGUUCCUACCUCCGAGGAAAAUGGCAGUGAUUGUUAAGCAUUGAACGACUUCGAGAAGUUGCAUUUAUUCUCAGUGCAAUGUAGAGAUUAGUUUCUAGAGUAUGUAUUAUCCCCUGUUUUAAAAAUUUUAUAAAUUGUUUUUGGGAAUGAUAUUAUGUCUUUCUGGUCAUAUUGACUUAUAUUUGCCUAUGUGAACUUUCCUAUGAAAGUGCUGUAUGAGCUCUUAAAUCCUCUGCGAGUCCUUAAAUGUCCACGCUGCAGGGGCUGUGCUAUCUGUCCGUCGUCGGUUCUUUUGUAACGUUUUGUCGAUUGAUAUUUGUACUUUUGAUACCGUGCUAACUGAGGACUUGUAUUGGAAUGUAAUGUGUACAUAUAGUAACCAAUGAAACCUGGAUUCACAGCAUUUCUUAAACCAUUACACUUGUUCGGCAUGCAGUGGCCUAUGUGCCUUUGCUGUUUUGUUUACUUUGCAAAUAAAAUGGAGCAUUUAAUUGGA